AUGGCGCAAGCAGGCCCUAUGACCGAUGUCACCCAGAGAUUGUUUACGGAGUUGAGGUCGAAGAGCGAGGAGACCAAAGCCAGAGCUGCCUAUGAGCUCUAUGACAACGUUCUUUCGGUGUCACGAGACUGGCCCUCGGAGAAGUUUGUGGAGUUCUACAACGCCGUCAGCACACGAAUCGCCGGACUGGUGGUGACGGGUAGCGAUGCGAAUGAGCGAAUCGGUGGACUCUUGGCGCUCGACCGACUGAUCGAUUUUGAUGGUGUCGAUGCGGCCCAGAAAACAACACGAUUCGCGGGUUGGCUACGGAGCGCCCUUCGAAAUAAUGAUAAUGUUGUGCUGGUUUAUGCAGCGAGGUCGCUGGGACGUCUGGCAAAGCCAGGCGGAGCUCUCACUGCGGAGCUGGUAGAAAGCGAGAUUCAAUCGGCCCUGGAAUGGCUUCAAUCAGAGCGACAGGAAAGUCGACGGUUCGCGGCGGUGCUCGUCAUUAGGGAGCUUGCGAAGGGAUCCCCGACACUCCUCUAUGGCUUCGUGCCUCAGAUCUUCGAGCUUGUCUGGGUCGCGCUUCGAGACCCCAAAGUCCUGAUCCGAGAGACUGCCGCAGAGGCUGUUGGCGAGUGUUUCGAAAUUAUCGUCGCGCGUGAUGCUCAAGUCCGACAAUCCUGGUUUGCCAGAAUUUAUGACGAAGCUCUGCUGGGUCUGAAAUCCCAUAAUAUAGAUUGGAUCCACGGAUCUCUUCUUAUCUUGAAGGAGUUGAUUCUGAAGGGUACCAUGUUCAUGAAAGAGCACUAUCGCAACGCCUGUGAGAUCGUCCUUCGCCUCAAGGACCACCGAGAUCCCAAGAUCCGUACUCAAGUCGUCCUUACCAUCCCUAUUCUUGCAUCCUACGCCCCUACCGACUUCACCGAGAUCUACCUUCAUAGGUUCAUGAUAUACCUUCAAGCACAACUUAAGAAAGACAAGGAACGAAACUCGGCAUUCAUUGCUAUCGGCAAGAUUGCCAAUGCAGUCGGUCCUGCUAUCGCCCAGUACCUCGAUGGAAUUAUUGUCUACAUUCGGGAGGGGCUUGCUAUGAAGGCGAGAAGCCGAGCUAGUAUCAACGAAGCGCCGAUGUUCGAGUGCAUCAGCAUGCUGUCGUUGGCGGUUGGACAAACACUCAGCAGAUACAUGGAGGCUUUACUUGAUCCCAUCUUUGCCUGUGGCCUCAGCAAAUCAUUAACCCAAGCCUUAGUGGAUAUGGCCCACUACAUUCCUCCCAUCAAGUCUGCGAUCCAAGAGAAACUUCUUGAUAUGCUCAGUAUCAUUCUAUGUGGCACACCAUUCCGACCCCUGGGAUGCCCUGAGCACCGCUUACCCCCCAUGCCCUCAUUCGCAAGAGACUUUGGAGCCCAGGAUUCUCAUACCGACUCCGAAAUUGCUUUGGCUCUUCACACCCUCGGUAGCUUUGAUUUCUCGGGCCACAUUCUGAAUGAAUUUGUGCGCGAUGUUGCUAUUAACUAUGUGGAGAACGACAAUCCCGAGAUCCGCAAGGCAUCAGCACUUACUUGCUGCCAGCUGUUUGUCCAUGACCCGAUCAUCAAUCAAACUAGCGGCCACUCAAUUCAAGUUGUCAGCGAAGUGAUCGACAAACUUCUGACCGUCGGUAUUGGUGAUCCUGACCCAGAGAUUCGACGAACAGUUCUGUGGUCAUUGGACCGCAAAUUUGACCGGCAUCUGGCACGGCCAGAAAACAUCCGAUGCCUGUUUCUGGCUGUUAACGACGAAGUCUUUGAUGUGAAAGAAGCCGCCAUCUGCAUAAUCGGUCGUCUCUCCAGCGUGAACCCCGCCUACGUUUUCCCGCCGUUGCGGAAAUUACUCGUCAAUCUUUUAACUGGAUUGGGGUUCGCAAACACUGCCCGCCAAAAAGAGGAGACCGCACAGCUGAUCAGCUUAUUUGUAUCCAAUGCAACUAAACUGAUUCGUUCUUACGUGGACCCUAUGGUGACAGCACUGCUGCCGAAAGCAACAGACACCAAUCCUGGAGUCGCCGCGGUCACACUGAAAGCUGUCGGUGAACUUGCGAAUGUUGGUGGCGGAGAGAUGAGGCGAUACCUUGACCAAGUCAUGCCGAUUAUUUUAGACUCGCUCCAGGAUCUUUCCUCUCAUACCAAACGUGAAGCUGCACUCAAGACGCUUGGACAAUUGGCGGCCAACUCUGGCUAUGUCAUCGAGCCCUAUGUUGAAUACCCCCAUCUUCUUGAUGUGUUGAUCAACAUAAUCAAGACUGAGCCGACAGGAAAUCUUCGGAAAGAAACCAUCAAACUCGUUGGUGUCCUAGGAGCUUUGGACCCCUACAAAUACCAACAGAUCAGCGACAUUGAGCCUGAUGUUCACCAUAUCAAUGAGAUUCAAAAUGUCUCUGAUGUUGCUCUCAUCAUGCAAGGCCUUACGCCAUCCAACGAAGAGUAUUACCCCACAGUGGUCAUCCAUACCCUGCUGCAAAACAUCUUGCGCGAGAACUCCUUGGUCCAAUACCACUCUGCUGUCAUUGAUGCUAUCGUUACCAUCUUCAAGACCCUCGGUCUUAAGUGUGUUCCAUUCCUCGGGCAAAUCAUCCCGGCGUUUAUCUCGGUCAUCAGAAAUUCUCCGCCUAGCCGCCUGGAAUCUUACUUCAAUCAGAUGGCUAUUCUCGUUAACAUCGUGCGACAACAUAUCCGCGCAUACCUUCCAGAAAUCAUCGACGUGAUUCGCGAGUUCUGGGAUGCUUCCUAUCAAGUCCAGGGUACCAUCUUGUCGUUGGUCGAGGCUAUCGCCAGGUCUCUAGAGGGAGAAUUCCGGAAAUUCCUUGCUCGACUGAUCCCCCUGAUGCUCGACACACUGGAAAAGGAUACAACUCCCCGUCGUUCACCAUCGGAGAAGGUCCUCCACGCUUUCCUGAUAUUUGGCUCUAGCGGCGAGGAAUACAUGCAUCUGAUCAUACCUUCCAUUGUGCGCCUCUUUGAUCGACCUCAAAACCCGCAGAGCAUUCGCAAGUCUGCUAUCGACAGCCUGGCCAAGCUUUCGCGUCAAGUCAAUGUUUCUGACUUCGCAUCCCUCAUGGUACACGCUCUAUCCAGAGUAGUUACUAGUGGGGAUCGUGUGCUACGACAAGCUGCACUGGAUUGUAUCUGCGCUCUGAUUUUCCAGCUCGGUCAAGACUUUACACAUUACAUCCAUCUCCUGAACAAGGUUCUCAAACAAAACCAGAUUACGCAUGUCAAUUAUCAAAUUCUGGUCACAAAACUUCAAAAAGGAGACCCUCUUCCUCAAGACCUCAACCCCGAAGAGAAUUACGCAUACCCCGCCGACGAUACCAGCUUUGCGGAGAUCGGCCAGAAGAAGAUUGUUGUGAACCAACAGCAUCUCAAGAAUGCCUGGGAUGCCUCACAAAAGUCCACCCGCGAGGAUUGGCAAGAGUGGAUACGUCGUUUGAGUGUUGAGCUUCUGAAAGAAUCCCCAUCCCCCGCCCUGCGUGCAUGUGCUAGCUUGGCUGGAAUAUAUCAGCCAUUGGCAAGGGAUCUCUUCAAUGCUGCCUUCGUGUCUUGCUGGACCGAGCUGUACGAUCAAUAUCAAGAGGAGUUGGUUCGUUCAAUCGAGAAAGCUCUUACAUCCCCGAACAUCUCCCCGGAGAUCCUCCAGGUCCUUCUCAACCUUGCCGAGUUCAUGGAACACGACGAUAAGGCCCUUCCGAUUGACAUCCGCACGCUGGGUAAAUAUGCCGCAAAAUGCCAUGCCUUCGCCAAAGCACUUCACUACAAGGAACUUGAGUUCGAGCAGGAUCAAAACUCGGGAGCAGUCGAAGCCCUGAUUACAAUCAACAACCAGCUGCAGCAAUCAGACGCUGCCAUCGGUAUUUUGCGCAAAGCACAGGCAUACCGCGACGUGGAGCUCAAGGAAACCUGGUUCGAGAAACUGCAACGAUGGGACGAGGCUCUUGCUGCAUACAAGCGUCGCGAGAAGACAGACCCUGACUCUUUUGGCAUCACAAUGGGUAAAAUGCGCUGUCUGCACGCCCUGGGAGAGUGGAAGGUUCUCUCGGAUUUGGCUCAAGAGAAAUGGAACCAAGCAUCUCUCGAGCACCGUCGAGCCAUUGCUCCUCUGGCUGCUGCUGCCGCCUGGGGUCGUGGACAGUGGGAGCUGAUGGACUCCUACCUUGGCGUUAUGAAGGAGCAGUCCCCAGACCGAUCCUUCUUCGGCGCCAUUCUUGCUAUUCACCGCAACCAAUUCGAGGAGGCCAAUAUGUAUAUUGAGAAAGCACGGAACGGACUUGACACUGAAUUGUCUGCUCUCCUUGGAGAGAGUUACAACCGAGCCUACAAUGUGGUGGUGCGCGUCCAGAUGCUUGCUGAGCUGGAAGAGAUCAUCACAUACAAACAGAAUGUCGGUGAUCCUGAAAAGCAGGAUGCCAUGCGCGAAACUUGGAACAAACGUCUGCUCGGAUGCCAGCAAAACGUCGAAGUGUGGCAACGCAUGUUCAAGGUCAGGGCGCUCGUUACCGCCCCGCGGGAGAACCUUGACAUGUCCAUCAAAUUCGCCAACCUUUGCCGUAAAUCAAACCGCAUGGCUCUUGCAGAAAGAUCUCUUGCCUCGCUCGAGACAGUUAUUUCUGACGCUAAUGGAACACGCACGAUAUCACCGCCCGAGGUCACAUACGCCCGGUUGAAGUUCAGCUGGGCGAAUGGAAACCAAUUAGAAGCGCUCGAUAUGCUCAAGGAGUUCACUGCAGACUUGAGUGAUGAUCUUUCCAAAUACAACACUCUAAUGGUUUCGCAGAAUGAACACCAGCAUAACGGAAUGAACGGUGUAAAUGGCAUGGCAGACCCAAGUCACCCCGAUGCCAUUGGUUUGCGUGAACGAAUCGGUGAUGUUGCCAAAUUCAGAAAGCUGCUUUCUAAGAGCUACCUGAGAUUGGGAGAAUGGCAGACUACCCUUCAAAAGGGUGAUUGGCGAGCGGAGUAUGUACGCGAGGUUCUCAGCGCUUAUUCGGCUGCCACCCAGUAUAAUCGCGACUCCUACAAGGCAUGGCAUUCCUGGGCUCUUGCCAACUUCGAAGUUGUGACGACAAUCUCCAACCAAGCCAGUCGUGAUAGCAAGCCUGCGCCAGUCCCCGCGCAUAUCGUGACUGAACAUGUCAUUCCAGCUAUUCGUGGUUUCCUGCGAUCUAUUGCACUAUCAUCAACCUCCUCAUUACAAGAUACCUUGAGAUUGCUUACCCUGUGGUUUACCCAUGGUGGUGAUCACGAAGUUAACACUGUGGUCACCGAGGGGUUCACUAGCAUCAACAUUGAUACCUGGCUCGCUGUCACUCCUCAGCUUAUUGCUCGAAUCAAUCAGCCCAACAUCAGGGUUCGUGGCUCAGUCCAUCGAUUACUCGCCGAGGUUGGCAAAACGCAUCCUCAAGCCCUGGUUUACCCAUUGACGGUGGCCAUGAAGUCAAACGUGACACGUCGCUCCCAGUCUGCUACCAACAUCAUGGAAAGCAUGCGGCAACAUAGUGCCAAGCUCGUUGAGCAAGCAGAUCUUGUCAGCCACGAAUUGAUCCGAGUUGCUGUCUUGUGGCAUGAGCUUUGGCACGAGGGCCUGGAAGAAGCCUCCCGCCUCUACUUCGGCGAUUCCAACGUUGAGGGCAUGUUCGCAACGCUGGCACCUCUUCAUGACAUGCUUGACAAGGGCGCCGAAACGCUCCGCGAAGUGUCGUUCGCGCAAGCCUUUGGUCGCGAUCUUGCAGAAGCUAAGCAUUACUGCAUGCUUUAUCGCCAGACCCAAGAAAUUGGUGAUUUGAACCAAGCUUGGGAUCUCUACUACACGGUGUUCCGCAAGAUCAGUCGACAGCUUCCGCAGCUGUCUAUCCUUGAUCUCAAAUAUGUGUCUCCACGUCUCAAGGACUGCUCGGAUCUUGGCCUCGCUGUGCCGGGAACAUACCAGAGUGGUCGCCCGAUCAUCUGCAUCAUGAGUUUCGAUCCCAUCUUGCAUGUUCUUCAAACGAAGAAGCGACCUCGACGAAUGACCCUCAAGGGUAACAACGGAUGCUCUUACAUGUAUGCGCUCAAGGGCCACGAAGAUAUUCGCCAAGAUGAGCGAGUUAUGCAGCUCUUCGGUCUUUGCAACACUCUCCUUGACAAUGACAGUGAGAGCUUCAAGCGUCAUCUUUCUGUUCAGCGUUUCCCUGCCAUUCCCUUGUCUCAAAGCUCUGGUCUCCUGGGAUGGGUGUGCAACAGUGACACGUUGCAUGCAUUGAUCAAGGAGUACCGUGAAAGCCGUCGUAUUCUCCUCAAUAUCGAGCAUCGCAUCAUGCUCCAGAUGGCGCCAGACUACGAUAGCCUCACUCUGAUGCAGAAGGUUGAGGUCUUCGGAUAUGCCAUGGACAACACCACAGGAAAGGACUUGUAUCGGGUUUUGUGGCUCAAGAGUAAGAGCUCAGAAGCUUGGCUUGAGCGACGGACAAACUACACGAGGUCGCUCGGUGUUAUGUCUAUGGUGGGCUACAUUCUGGGUCUUGGUGAUCGUCAUCCCUCCAACUUGUUGCUGGAUCGCAUGACUGGCCGUGUUGUUCACAUUGAUUUCGGUGACUGUUUCGAGGUCGCUAUGCAUCGCGAGAAGUACCCCGAGCGAGUUCCAUUCCGCCUGACUCGUAUGUUGACAUUCGCCAUGGAGGUCAGCAACAUCGAGGGAAGCUACCGUAUUACCUGUGAGGCCGUUAUGCGCGUUCUCCGGGAGAACAAGGACUCACUGAUGGCGGUUUUGGAGGCCUUCAUUCAUGACCCACUGAUCAACUGGCGUCUUGGUGCUCAAGAAUCUCCCGACCGGGUGUCUCUUACUGCGGAGCGCCGCCAGUCGAUCAUUGAGGGUAUCAACCUUGAGCACGGCGUGCAGUCAAAUACCUACACUCGUCACCGUCGUCCUUCCAUCUUAGAGGGAGGUAUUCUCGAUACCCAAGAAGGCGUGCCGGCUGAAGCCCGUGAAGCUCAGAAUGCCCGCGCUCUCCAGGUUCUUGCCCGGGUCAAGGAGAAGUUGACCGGACGUGACUUCAAGCACUACGAGGAACUCAAUGUAAGCGACCAGGUCGACAAGCUACUCGCGCAAGCUACCAGCGUGGAAAACAUCUGCCAGCACUGGAUCGGUUGGUGUAGUUUCUGGUGA